GCGGGGUGAUACUGAAGUUCGGUUGCGGAGCAGAAACCGGUAACCUAGCACUCCAGCACGUUGUGAAGCCGCUAUAGUGUCUCAGGCUGCCGCUGAGGUGAUUCAAAGAAAUCACUUCUUUCUUAAAAUCAACACAUUUUUUUGAUAAUCGACCCACUGAGCUUUCCAGUUGACCAAAGAAAUGGUGAUGGAGAAGCCAAGUGCCCAGCUGGUCGGGCGAGAGUUUGUCCGACAGUAUUACACACUCUUGAACCAGGCCCCCGACUACCUGCACAGGUUUUAUGGAAAGAACUCGUCCUACGUGCACGGCGGGUUGGACAACAACGGCAAACCAGUAGAGGCUGUUUAUGGACAAUCUGAGAUCCAUAAGAGGGUGAUGGCUCUGAGUUUCCGCGACUGUCACACCAAGAUCAGGCACGUGGACGCCCACGCCACCCUGAACGAGGGCGUGGUCGUGCAGGUGAUGGGCGAGCUGUCCAACAACAUGCAGCCCAUGAGGAAGUUCAUGCAGACCUUUGUGCUGGCACCUGAGGGUACUGUUGCGAACAAAUUCUACGUCCACAACGACGUGUUUCGUUACCAAGACGAGGUGUUCGGUGACUCUGAUUCGGAGCCUCCAGAAGAGUCUGAGGAUGAGGUGGAGGAGAUCGAGGAGAGGGUUCCUUCCCCUGACAUCGCAGCGGAGGAAUCUGCUCCCUUCUACGACCCGACACCCUGUUCUGAGCCGACGGUUCCUGGCGACGACGAGGAGGCGGCAGCAGCGAGUCCAGAACCAGAGCCAGAGGUGGAGAAGGAGGCUGAGGCCGUUGUGGUGGAGCUGAAGCCGGAGACGACGCUGGAGACGCAAACAGACUCAAACGUAUCCGACGAGGUAGACAAAAGCCCCGCCGCCGCCCCACCCACCACAGAGCCUGCCGCCGUGCCCGCCGAACCCACCCCCGCCGCUCCAGAAGAAAACAGGCCGUUCUCCUGGGCGUCCGUCACUAGUAAGAACCUCCCUCCCAGCGGGGCUGUCCCAGUCUCAGGAAUCUCCCCACACGUUGUCAAAGCCCCUCCCACAGCACCGCCCAGAGCCGAGGUGAAGUCAGAGUCCCAGACAGCAACACAGAGACCACAGAGAGACAAUCGGCCGAGGGAACAGAGGCCUGGAGGUCCUCCGCCGGUGCACAGAGGACCCAGACCAGUUCGGGAGGGUGAGCAGGGCGAGUCGGAGGGUCGCAGGGUGGUCCGGUACCCCGACGCCCAGCAGCUCUUUGUGGGAAACGUCCCUCACGACGUGGACAAGACCGAACUCAAGGAGUUCUUUGAACAGUAUGGUACAGUCCUGGAGUUGCGGAUCAACAGCGGAGGGAAGCUACCAAACUUUGGAUUUGUGGUGUUUGACGACUCUGAACCUGUCCAGAAGAUCCUCAGCAACAGGCCCAUUAAGUUCAGAGGCGACGUCCGGCUGAACGUGGAGGAGAAGAAGACCAGGUCGGCCAGGGAGGGCGACAGGCGAGACGUGAGGCCCCGCGGUCCAGGAGGUCCCGGCGGCCCCAGAGAGCGAAUAGGAGGCGGCGGCGGAGGACCUCGAGGCCCCCCCACCCGCGGAGGCAUGGCACAGAAACCCAGCUUCGGCUCCGGGCGUGGCGCGGGGCCCAGCGAGGGCCGCUACUCCACCCAGCGACAGUGACCAGCAUCUCGGCUCCAAACCUGAGUUAGAUUACUAUUUGGAUUCAACCGAGUGGUUUUUGAUUCACUGCAGCAGCAAUUGGACAAACGUAAAAUAUAACAAAAACCCUUCUUUACACUGCACAUAGGAGCAACAAUCAGUAGUUAUUUUAAGUCAAAGUUUGGGUUGCUACACACACACACAGACGUGUGCCCUGAUUUCUGACUUAGUUCCUCAUUCUUUCUCCUAAAUGUGAGCCGACCAGUAUUUCAAGGGGAUUUCUGUUAGUAAUUGACGCAGGUUUGGUUGAGAGCUUUCACCGUCAAAUCACGCCAGCUCCUGCUGAAUUCAGCCGGUCUCUGUCUCAUGAAGACGGCUGCCUCCUCCUCCUCCUCCCACCUGAUUCUUUAUCACCUGCUGCUUUUUGUUUCCUCCCGAGGAACCCAGAAUGUCACUCCUCUUUUUCUUUUUAUUACCCAUCUCUUCCUCCUAUCCUCCUCGUUGUCUCCUCCUCCACCAACACAUGUAUUAUCUGGACUCUGUCAUUUCUUUUGUUUUGUUUUUUUUUCAUGCUGAACUUGAAUUUAUUAAGAAACAAAAUCGAAACACGCAAACACAUGAAAAAAAAAGGGUAAAUACUACUUGAAUUGGGGAUUAAAAAACCCAGAGGUUAGGUUUUUUUUCGCGUUCUCUCUCCCUGUUUCUUAAAGGAACGUGUACUUUACUGCUUGGGCAAUCCUGUGUAUUGCUGCCACCGUUGUAUCUAGCGAUGGAUCUGUCUUAUCUUUUUAUUCUAUCAGGUCAAGAGCUGAACUGUAGUGGUUUUAUUUGAGUAAUGAUGUUGGCUUGUAAUAUGUGGAUUCACGGACGCAUCUGAAUGGAGCAUGUAUCAAAUCAUGUAUCAAAUCCUGUUAGGCUUCUACUACCGAUGCACUUCAUUCGUCAUCAUGUUUAAAACGAGCUCACCUGCCGAUGAGAGAACUAAAUUAAAAGUGAUUUACUGUUUUAAA